GCUACUCGCUUUGCCAUCACUAAAACGAACUGUGCAAUAUUUUGAUUUGACAUCUGUUGUUGACAAAUUGAAGAGUCGCUUUUGCAAAUCAUAACAAUUCUACAUGGCUGCCAUUCGUCGUGAUAUAGCGCCGUUCUUGCAACGCGUGCGCGCCUUUCUGCUGGGCCGUGAACACACCGUUGCCCUGCGCUUUGAGGAUGGCUUGGCCGAUCGCACACAGCCACCGCCAGAGAUCCCCGAUGGCCCAUCGCACAUCUACUCGGCCAACUAUUACUGCACACGCGACGCACGCCGUGAAGUGAAUCCACCCAUUGAUCUGGUGCAACAACAGCAGCUGUUGGAAGCCGACGGAGAUGCAGCGAAGCCAGCUGGCAACAAGUUGCCAACGCCCGGCAAGGUCUAUGGAUGGGAUUAAAUGAGGCAACGAUGCAACUGGCGGAGAUAUGGCAAAUGAAUGCACACAGCCAACUGUGUUUAUUAUUACAUUUCUAGUUAUCUUAAAAUAGAAAACAUUUCAAAUCCACCAAA